UAAAAUUUACAUCGUAUUGGGCUCACCUAAAUGAAUCUUCAACAAUUUCAGGCCUUCUUGAUCCUUGCAAUAAACUUUCGACCUUUGAUAUUUAUAAACGUGAACAAGCUAUCAAUAAACUUCAUGAAUUGCACAAAAAAUAUAGACCAACCAAAGAAAAUCAACCAUUUUUACCUCCCACUACUACUAAAUCAACAUGCACACUUUUUCGUAACCUUAACCAAAGUCACCAAGCUGACUUGAAUCAAUAUAAAAUUGACAAGUACUUGACUGAAAUUGAAACUGAAGUGGAUUCACUUCUUUGGUGGAAAGCAAAUGUUGCUCAGUUCCCGACUCUCUCCCGCCUUGCAAUGGACUUUCUCACUGUGCAAGCGAUCAGCGUGCUAAGCAAGCAAGCUUUCUCAGUUGCCAAGCACACAAUUA